AUGUCCGCUUCGCGCUCAGGGCCAGUCUCACUAGCACGCUAUCGACCUAUUCUCUACCUCUUUACUGGUGUCGCUGCUGCCUAUGCGAUCCUCUAUAUUCACAAUAAUGUCAUUUCGCAGUCAUCAUCAACUUCACUCCGACGUCGAAACGCUGUGCGCCGCACGAGACCAACUGAAGCCGAAGAACUUGGGGUCGCUGAUACUCCGUCUUAUCGAGCUAUUACCCACCUUGAACAAUUAGAGCGUCAGAAUGGUGUAUAUGGGACAUUUCGCAUUGAGACAGAGGAUGGGCGUCGCGUGGAGAGCGGUCUUCUUCCAUCGCUCCUCGCAACACGCGACCAGCUGAUGGAAGAAGUUGGCGUUCCGCCUGCUCAUGCAGAGCGCAUGCGCGAGAUGAUGGAAGAUACUUUUCUUGAAUCCUUCCUUGCACUUGAUUUCCCAUCCGCGCACACUCUCCCAGAGAACACACCAGAAAGAACAUACUUGACAGAGCAGCUUCAACGCCGAGGUAUCUCCCGAGCUGGUAUCGAAAGGGCUCUGUCCCGGUUCAACGGAGAUUCGAAUUACGGGGAGGAGCUGCGACGGCGACGACAGAAUGGUGAACGUGUCACUCUCUCAACCUCUACCUUUCCAGAUGUGUCUGCGCCUCCGCAAAAUCCUGAUGGUGGUGAGACGGUGGUGGAUGACCAAAGUGUCUUCUCAUGGCGUGAUGGAAACAACGAUCCAUCUAAUAGGGAAGGUCAAAACCUACUCAACCUACUUUACCACAUCGCUGAGGAUCAGGCGCGGAGGGAUGGCUAUAUCCAUCGUGGAGUUACCUGCAACAGCUGUGGUGCCAUGCCGAUUCAAGGCAUCAGAUACCGAUGUGCUAAUUGCAUCGAUUACGAUCUGUGUGAAACAUGCGAGGCAAUGCAGGUCCACAUCAAGACACAUUUAUUCUACAAAGUGCGGAUUCCAGCCCCAUUCUUGGGAAACCCUCGUUCAUCUCAACCUGUAUGGUAUCCAGGGAAGCCUUCGAUGCUCCCGCGCAGCCUCCCACGACCUCUUGCCAAGCGUCUUAUGAAAGAAUGCAAUUUCGAAAACACAGAGCUUGAUGCACUCUGGGAUCAGUUCCGUUGUUUGGCCAAUUAUGAGUGGGCGGGCGACCCGAACAAGUUGCAUAUGGCCAUCGAUCGCAAAACAUUCGACCGAUGCUUUGUGCCUAAUACUUCAAUCCGGCCGCCGCCUCCUAGUCUCAUUUACGACCGCAUGUUCGCAUUCUAUGACACCAAUGGCGACAAUCUUAUCGGUUUUGAAGAAUUCUUGAAGGGUUUGGCUAGUCUCAACAAUAAAAGCAAUGACGAACGGCUGCGACGUGUGUUCCGUGGCUACGACAUUGAUGGGGAUGGCUUCGUCGAACGCAAGGACUUCCUUCGUGUUUUCAGGGCAUACUAUGCGCUAAGCCGGGAACUUACAAGGGACAUGGUUGCUGGCCUGGAGGAUGACUUUUUAGAGGGUGGAGCGCGUGAUGUGGUUCUCGGUAGCCAGCCUAUCAGCUCUGCGUUCCCUGGUAACAUCCCCUCAGGUGAGCGUUCUCGUACAGGCGAAGGCAAGCGCAUGAAUUCUGAGGGGGACAUGGAAAUCAUCGACAAUGAAGGAAUCUUGCGACAGGAUGGAGACGAUACUGGCGAUCGACAUUCGGUCGUGGGUGAUGCUGCUGCCAGAGCACAGUUUGGUCGAAUAAGGCCAUUGUUCCCAUCUACACUACGCCUAGCAGCCACUGAGACUACUCCUCGCCCGUCGAAUGCUGAGGGUGGCCAAAAUGACGAGAAUGAAGAAGAAGAUGGUGCUAGCGAGACUAGUGGAUCAGACCAAUCUAGCUCGUCGGUGGCCAGCGGGACUUGGCCCCCAACUGAACACAUCCUCGAAGAAGAUAUCAUCCAGGCUCUGGGGACCUAUAUUCCCGCUCGAGAAAUCACGGAUCCAAUUGAUCGGGCUCGCGUCGCGGAUGCCGUCUAUCACAGAAUGCGUGAAGAUGAUCAGAGACGUGUAUUUGACGCUCGUCAGCGUGGAAUUGAUGAGCGGUGGAGGCGCCGGGCUUUCUAUACAGACGAGGAAGACGGUGCCACUAUCCCUCCAGGGUAUGAAAGGGAUCCAGCCAUCGAUGACUCGAGCGAUGAAGAACUAGAUGAAUUCGAAUCGCGCCCACCCUCUUUCCGUUCGCGAUCCUCGUCCAAGGUGCGAUUCCAGGAUGACCUCAAUGACGAGGAGUACGACAUUCGAUCUAACCCAUCAACCUCGUCACGAAGCAUUCCUGUUGGUGAGCGAUGGGGUGGCUUUGAAAUCCCGGAGAUCGAAAGGGACGUCGGGAAAGAAAUCUUGUAUCAAGUCACACAGCAGGGAUUCAACGAGCUUCUAGAUAUUCUGUUCAAGCCAAAAGAGGACCUUCUGAUGGAGGUCUAUCGUACGCGAGCUGAGCGCAAGGUCUGGGCCCACGAGAUUGAACUUGCAGGGAAAGAGGACCCCUUAAAACGCACCCCAACUGAGGAUUCUCCAGCCGAGGAAGAACUUGAGGAAAUUAUCCACGACACACCACUUGAUGAUCUAUUACAGCGCGCUGGUUACGGGAUUCAGAGCCCUGUCCUAGCGCCUGCCAAUACCGAACCCACCGCCUCGGAUGAUUAUGGUAAUGAAGAUGAAGAUGAAGAUGAAGAUGAAGAUGAAGAUGAAGAUGAAGAUGAAGAUGAAGAUGAAGAUGAAGAUGACGAUGACGAUGAAGAUGAAGAUGAAGAUGACGAUGACGAUGACGAUGUGCGGCCAACUCAUCUGGCCGACCCCGGCAGCGAUACUGGAUUUGGACAAACACGGCCCUUCGAGGAGUCCGACAUGGCGUCCAUCACCUCGUCUUAUUAUGACGACGAUAUCACCGCCUCUCAAGCAUCCGAUGCGAGAUCAUCCAGCCCGAUUGUUGAAGAGGAUACACUUUACUACGAUCCAACCCUCCCACAUCAUCGUCCUGACACAGAAAUGCCCCUUCCACGCCUUUUCUCCUCCGUCGAGCCAUCCGUGAUGGCCACAGAAGUGAUCGAUGAAUCAGACUCCGAACACGAAGAAUCACCAACUACAACCGCAACACCCGGUCUCCCUGCUCAGCUCCGACUCCAACCCGGGACCACUUCUCUUCCCGCCCCAUCUUCUCCCCACUCCUCUCCAGAAGCCGAAGACACCGCCACCAAGCUUCCUCCUUCUCCUAUGCAACCACUGCCACCCCCACACUGGGUCAAUGACCAACCUCGUGAAGCUCCUGCCCCACGUCGACCUUCCGCCCGGACUCUAGCCCGGUGGGUCUAUUUAGACCAGGUAGAACGUGAAAAUAAGGAGCGCGGCAAUGGUGCUAGACUCAACUUUGAAGAGUUCUCGCGUCGUAUGGCUGCUGAUCGGGGACGCCGACUGGCAUUUGUAGCCAGUUGGAUUGAGAUGGCUAGCUUUUGA